AUGGAUACUAAUGUAAAUGACUCCAAUGUAUCAUGUUUUCAUAAGAAUAAUUUGAUCAAAAAUAAAUUCUCAAGAAGUUCUCCAUUAAAAUUAUCAGAAGAAUCUGCCAUAAAGUCAGAUGAGCACGAAAUUAGGAGCAAUACCAGUAAAGCAGGUUGUUUACUUGGUUAUUGUCAAAAUUCUUUAUCAUCGUCGCAUACAUCAGGAAUAAUAUCUAGUAAAAAUAAAAACACACUAGGAAGAGUGCACGCAUUGAUGCGGAAGCCACGAUCUGCACAGAAUCGUGUUUGUUGGUUUUAUCACACACCGCCAAGUUCAGGGGUUAUUGUUACUGGUCCAUCACCUUUUGUCAACGCUAAGGUAAAUUCAACACAAACUAAUUACUCGUGUGAUUUGAAUGAAGACAUGAAAGAAACAAAUCAGGUGAAGUUACGUGAGAAAAAACAACUAGUCAAACCCCACACCAUUAUAGAAACAACUGAAAAACAAACAGUGUAG